UUGCCCAGAGUGGGCGAACUCUCUUCCCACCAAACCCAGUUUCUGGAUCAACAUUUCAAUACCUCCAAGGAUCUUUCUAGGGCUCCUCAUCUCCUUUCCGAAUUGAACAAACUCUGUGCGAAUUUGGAUGUUCAUCUCCUAGACCUCCACAGAAUUCUUUCCAAAUCCGCCGUUUCAUGGAUCUCUCGCUCCUUUCGACUCCAAUCAUCCCUUCAAAAUACUAAUCUCCAGUUGAAGGAUCUCCGCCUCUGCACAUCUCAGUAUGGGAUUGCUUCCACUUCCAAGAGAAUCCAGAGGGUUUUGGGUGAGGAGCUGUGUCAAUUUGUUAAUGAAUUGCGGCGAAUUGAGAGCAUCCGCAAAUAUGUUGAAACUGUAUUGCAGUUAGAAGCUUUGGUUGGAGAGCUUGAAGAUGCAGUAUUCUUUGCUGCAAAUUGCCAUUCUGGGAAUAUGUUCUCCCCAAAGCUUUCAACUUCGCCAAUUUCAGAAGACUUUGAUACACGGCAGCGAAGAUUGCUUCAAGCUUUAAAAGCCAUGAAUGAUAUUGAGGAGGUGUUGGUUAAUCUUGAGAAAUGCCAACCACAGUGGCAACAUCUUGUUCAAGCAGUAGAUGCUAGGGUAGAUAGAACUCUCUCCGUUCUUCGACCAGAAGUCAUUUCAGAGCACCGAGUCCUUCUUGCUUCUUUAGGUUGGCCACCAAAACUUAUAACUUCAAAAGUAGAGAAUGGAGGUAUCUCUGGGAUUCCAAACCCUCUAAUUCUAAUGCAUGGAGACAAAAGGAGGUCUUACUCACAAAGUUUCCAAGUCCUUUGUUCUUUGCAGCAAUUUCAGGCCCGCAGAGAACUGCGGAAGUUGAAAAUGUUAGGAAAAAAGGAGUAUGAAAUAGGGCUUUGGGCCAUUGAUGAACUUGUAUCUCCUAUUGCAUCACGGGUGGAGUACCACUUCCUAAAAUGGAUCGACCAGCCUGAGUUUAUCUUUGCUCUUGUAUAUAGACUUACAAGGGACUUUCUUGUAGGAGUAAGUGAAAUUUUGCAGCCUUUGAUUGACAGAGCAAGAUUGUUGAGCUGUAGUGCUAGAGAAGCCUGGGUUUCUGCGAUGGUCCAUAUGCUUUCUAUGUUUUUAGAGAAAAGAGUUUUUCCUGCCCUUGCUGAAAGAUACAAGGACAAAGAGAUGAAAUUGGAAGUCAUCUCUUCCUGGCUUCAUCUGGUAAAUCUCAUUGUUGCUUUUGAUAAACAAAUGCAAUCACUGUUGAGUUCAGAAGCUGGUCUCUUCUUGCCUGACUCUGAAAGGUUUGAGGGGCUUUCGCAGGGCAUAUCAGUAUUGAUAAUAUUUUGUAACAAGCCAGAUUGGCUGAAAAUUUGGGCAAAGAUAGAGUUCAAGAGUGCAUGGAGGAAACUAAAAGCAGAACUGAAAGAUGCAAGAGCUUGGCUAACUAAUACCAAACAUAGGGUCGACUUCAAUGGCAGUACAGAAUCUGAAAAAUUUUUGCUCUCUACCAGAGAAGACUACAAGGCUCCAAUGAUUGCUGAUUCUGCACUUAAAAUUGCAUGGGAAAUGGUUGACCGAUGCCAAACCUUGCCAGCUAUUUUGGUCCGUGCCAAGUUUAUUAGAUCUGCAGUGAUCAGGUUCUUCUGGAGUUUUUUCAAUGUUUUGGUUUUGCAUUGCAAGAAUGCUGAAUUGUCUUUUAAUGAUCCUGAUGACGAUGCCUUUGUGAAAGUGUGUGGAUCAAUCAAUGCUGCCGUAUAUGUUGAGUCCAAGCUGCAAGAAUGGAGUGACGAUGCAAGAUUUUUGAUGAUGAGGAUUGCCGAAAAUGACUCUAACAUCCAGAAAAGAGAUGGAGGGACUACUGAUCACUGUUGCUUCUUUGGUGAAGAAAUAAGAAGCUUGGCUGAGUUUGAGACUAAUUGGCUUACAGAGAUCCUUGCUGUUCUUCUUCGUCAAUUUGAAGCUCUGAUUGGCACAUAUAUCCAUAAUAGGAAACAUUGCAAGCAAGAACAAAAUUUGACCAUCAGUAAAGUUUCAGCAGCCCUAGAACUAAGUGUAUCAGAUGAUAUUGUUGAAGCACUGGAUACUUUAAGAAGUCAGCUUAAAGUUCUUCAAGCAAAUCUCAAUCUGAAAGACUUCUUAGACAUGUGGCGAAGUGUCGCUGAUGGUCUUGACCAUUUUAUUACCACCAGCAUUCUGACAGGUGAUGUUCGGUUUUCGAGCAGGGGAAUCAGACAGUUUGAAGCCGACAUGCAAGCAUUGUUCCUAGUUUUCCAACCAUUCUGUGCUUGUCCGGAAGCAUUUUUCCCCACAAUUAGAGAUACCCUUAAGUUGUUAACAAUGAACAAGGAAGGGAUAAAGCAUUUGCAAAUUGCUUUAUCCGGCAACAAAAAUGAAAAAUGUUUGAAUGUCUUUGGAGUUCCUCACUUAUCGUUUGAUCAAGUAUCUAAAAUUUUGAAGAUCAUGAAGUUCGAGGAUUGUUCUUAAUGGUGUGUAAGAAAUUGCCUUUUUUUCCUCAUCUUUCCGUUCAAAUGCCUCGAGAUAAUUUAUUUUGUCAUUGUUUCCUGAGAAAACUAGUGUACAUUAGAUAUCCAGAGAAAAAGAGAACAUUAGUUGGAUAGUUGCAAUGAAAUACAAGGAAAAAG